AUGAGCUUUUCAAGACUGCGAAACUCAUCUCAGUCUCGGUUCUUCAGAUCUGGAAAUCAGGCGGACGCGCGCUAUUGUAUCGUUUCCGUGUUUACAUCUAGACCAUCAAUCAACAUGACACAAAUGUAUGAUGUCGUGAAACUGGUUGAUCAAGAAACCAAAAGAAUAAUACCGACAACCGUGAACCUGACCACGGCCGUGAACACUAAACCAUAUCCUUUGCAAGAUCUUUCCGAUUUGAAAGAACAGGAAGCAUUUGUAGUACGAGAUAUACUGUACUGUUUACAAGGGAACGAAGGUGAUUACGUGAGGUUCAGCAAGAACUUUAAUGAACAGGAUUUAAGGUCAAUUUUGGAAGGUCCUGAUUAUAGAAUAGCAAAGAACCUGGAUGUUACCUUGAAAGACAUGACCAACAGACUGCUCAAGUAUGGAAAAAUGUACUACAGUUUGACAAAGUUUGUUGAGGUUUACGAUUCCCAAUUUUAUGGAGCUACCAUGCAAAGGCUUUGUAAUGAAAUUAGAGACUUUCUGAAAGAGCACGAUCAGAUAGUGCUGGAACUUGAAAGACGGUUUAUGAUGGACCCUCAUUUUUCAAUAGGUAUUUUGAAUCAACUUAUUGAAGAAUCAGGAGAGAAAAUGCGCACAUUGUACGAAAUCAUCACAUCGCUCAAUGAGGUAAACAGAUCAAAUUUGGCAACAGUUGACGAUGUAUUCAAGACAAUGCUCAAAACUAUCAAAGAAGACUUGAAGCAUGAUGACUCCUUGUACAUGCAAACGGAACUCAAUAACAAAACUAGAAUAAUAAAAGGGGGUAUAAUACUGCGCAUUGUCCAGGAUAAAAUGGAAAGAAUAAGAGGUGAUCAAACACGAUUUGAGGCUUUAAAGAAGACAUUUGAUAGAAUAAGUCUCCCCUAUAUCGAAAUGUUACAUAAAUGGCUUACGUUUGGAAAAAUUGAUGACCCUUUUGAUGAGUUUUUCAUAGUGGAACAAAGUUCCAAGAACACUCUAAUCAACUACGACAGCAAAUUCUUGCUACGAAAGAAUUACAUUAUUCGUCAAUUCGAACAUAGGGAAUUACAAAGGAAAGUACUGUUGACCGGGAAGUAUUUGGAUGUAUUGAGGUGUCUGCCUGUAGACAUCGUUGAGAAUGAUACAUCUAAUCAUAAGAUUGAGUCAUUGGAGACUGAUGAUUUAUUCUUUUAUGUGGAACAAAAAUAUCUGCGGGCAAAUAAAUUGGUCACAGAAUUGUUUAUGAAAGGUUACAAAUUUCUGACUAUUCUGGAGGCCUUAAAGUCCACACUAUUAUUUUCCAACGGCGUGUUUCUCAAUGACUUCCUAGCACAUUCUAUGAGCGAUAUGCUACGAGACAAAUCAAAGGCCUCUUUAAGCAAAAUAGAAAGAAACUUUGAGAAAACAUUCAGGCCUCAACUUAUGGCGACUCCAAGAUCAAAGUUAGUUGGUAAUCUUGUCAAUAUCAACGUUCAAUCUGAUAACCUAUAUACUUUCCUUGAAAGUAUCCUUAACAUACAGCAAAUUGAUGCUGAAGAGGUGUUUAAUUCAUCUGACCUUAACAGCUUGAAAAGAUAUCUUAACAAAACUCUCACCAAAAACACUGCCGAAGUUGUCAUUAGCCCGUUGGAUAAUUACUUAGUGUAUUAUCUUUCGUUAAACAUUGAGUUUCCAUUUCCUCUCAAUUUACUAUUGACAAACACAAUAAUUACACAAUUCCAACUGGUUGGAAGAAAUGUUAUGAUAACCAAUGUCGUUGAAAAGCUACUAGAAUCGUCUUGGAAGGAAAUAAAUUACCAAAGGUUUUGGUGUUUCAAUUUUCCCAAUCGGAGUAUUAGAAAAUGGAUACUGCGUUUGAGAUACCUACAUUCAAAUAUAAAGCAAUUUGUGUCUGCAUUCCAUUUAUAUCUGAGCUUCGAUGUGAUUGAGGGUUCAUUUAGUGAAAUGGAAACCCAGUAUCAGCAUUUUGCAAGUACUGCGGACAGUGACUUCGAAAAAUACUUCGUCUCUCUGCAAAAGUGGCUGAACACUAUGAUGCAAAAUUCCUUGCUAAUGAAUGAGACGCUUGUACAAAUUUCUAGAAGAAUGUUCGAGUUUGUGCUUACUUUUCACACUUUUGUAAUGUCUUUGAGAAAGAAUCUGAUUCUUUUGGACGAGAACCUCUUCGACCAAUAUGCCUCUAAACUAGGGGAGAAACAGUUUGACCCUGAAAAGAAUAGGGAAAGGGUCAUCAAGAUGAAACAUAUAAUAAAUGAAUACGAGAAGAAAUUUGAGUCUAGCUUGAACACCUUUGUGCAAGCUUUGAACUAUUACUCUCGGUUGGAGUCUUCCAGCUUUUCAGUCUUAGCAGGUUACCUGGAUUCCAUAUUGAAGAAUAGGAAAUGA